GAAGGCGAAGGAUGCUUCACCAUGACCGACCUGUACAACUUCCGCGGAACGGAGAAGGACGGAUCCUCCAAGGGCCCCGUGUACAUGCUGGACGAUGAUGGCACCAAGCUCGACAUCCCGUCCGGCAUCACGAACAACUGGCUUCUCGCCGCCGAGCUUUACAUUACCGGCGGCGGUGUGUUUUACUGCAAGGGAACCAGCGCUGGUGGGGACUGCAACCAGCUCCGUAUCCAGUCUACAGGCUCUGACGACUUCCACGAGGUCCGCGGGCACGGAGGCAGCUUGUACUUUGAGGACACCAUCGUUACCUCGUGGGACACCCCGAACAAAGAGCCCCAGGAGACGUACGAGGGCGGCCGUUCGUUCCUGAACUGCGUGUCCGAGAAGCUCACCGGCGACGAUUGCGAGGGUAACGCCAAGAACGAGAUGGGAGAGUGCCGGAUGGACAUCAUCAACUCUGAGAUCGCCUACCUGGGUUACUUCGACUCCGAGUCCUACGGCAUGACGUGGAAGGCAAGAUUAACCAGAGGUUUCCCCGUACGUGGAUUCUGCAAGGACCUCUCCAACCCGGAGGUGUUCGACCUCACCAACGUGUACGGAGACCUGAUCGGAUCCGACAUCCACCACCUCUACUACGGGCACUACAGCUACGGGCACCAGGGCGGUGUCUGGACCAACAACAAGAUGCACGACAACUGGCAGUACGGCUUUGAUCCCCAUGACGACUCCGACUACCUCACGAGGAUAAUCGCUUCCAAGCGCUGCAACAACGUGAAGAUCUUCGAGAACGAAGUCAGGGAUGGUGGCGCCGCCGCCGUUGGAAUCUUCCUCCACCGCAGCUCGGACGAUGCCGCGGUCUUUGACAACACCAUCACGAACAUGCAGGACGCUGGUAUCGCCCUCCUUGAGGCUUUUGAUGCCCAGAUCUACGGCAACACCAUCAACGGUGCCAAGUACGGCAUCCGCAUGAGCCUUGGCUCCGGCAACAACGUAGUGUACCAGAACUCCUUCACGGACAUCUCUCAAUGUAAGCUACGGCAACGAUUGGGUGAGAUUGUUCGGGGAAUGGCGUUGUAUUCAAACGUAACAUGAUGUGAGUUUCAAGCAUUUCGGUAAUCGUGGUUGAUGCUGCCUGCAAUGUGUGGCACUUCUUGGUUGCCUUCCAUCACUAACCAGUUUUUCCUCUUGACAAGCCGACGCUCGGCCUUCGUACACGUGUCCCAACCCUCUCUGCGGUGAAAUCAGACGGUCUGUACACGUACCAAGGAAGCGAUGACCCGGACGUGUCUGACGGCCGCCCGUCGGAUAACGUUCUCGCCCUCAACCUCGUGGAGGACUGCCCUAUCGGUGUUAAGAUCAAGGAGGGAGACGACAACGAGUUUUACGGUAAGUUGGCGUUGACUCGCCACUCCGGUGACGGAAGAUGAGGGCCACUCGAAUGCUAUAUAUUGAUUCCUAUAUUGGUAUUCGGUAAUACUGGAGAAUGUAUGCAUGUCUCUUAGGUUCCGAUGAGCUUGAUUUGGUGUUGUCUCUGGCAGUGUGAGAAGAGCUUAAGCUGCCUACCCUCUUGGACUGUACCCGAUUUGAUGCUGUCUCUCCGACAGUGCGAGCAGAUUUCUCGCUGGUGCUUUUGGGUCCGUUUGCAUCCAGCAGAUGCGCUCAUGUCCAUCCGUUUUUCGCUUUUGCUCUUGCUUUCUAGAAAACACGUUCAUCAACGUGGACACCUUCGAGUUCCCGGAGUCGACCAACACAAUGUGGAGCGGCAACGACAUCGGUGGCGGCUGUAUAGAAGAGGAUGACGAGUUCGAUUCGGCGUCGGGAUCAGACAGCAUCCCCACAUGCUAAUAUUUAUUGAUUUUGCGGCUUCGAACAGCGUUCGCGAUUUGAUUCACGACCAAUAUGGGCUCGGUUAGGAAACUCCAAGGGGUCGAGACUGGUUUUGUUGAUCCCAGCCGCUCUGGAAAUUUUCGUAAGAGCGGCUCAGACGACCACGUGAUUGUUUUUUUUCGCUUUCGCUCGAGAAGAUUAGGGGGCUCGAUGACCCCCUAUAGCUUCUGAACGGCAUGUGCGCAACAGACCUCGAAAGUCAGUUGUGUAGUCCCUGAAUGUAUUCUACCUUGUUUCCGUAGCAAACGCACUUGGUUGUGGACGCGCUUGGAUGUGUGUGCGUAGAUGCAUAGGUGGCGUGAUCUCGAGUAAAUUAUUUUUGAAACUGGUGUCUUGCUUUCGGCAUCGCCAGCCAACCUUGUACUUUGGUGCGGGAGAGAAUCACACAUGGAUGUGAGGAGGGCCGGCAAUGUGAGCUAGCUCCCCGGCUUUUGUUUCAAAUGUUGCCUAUAGUCGUGAUAAAACGACCAAAGUUCACGUUACCCUCGUUAGGAUUCCUCGUAGUGGCGUUUUGUGUGUUGAUGCCGACACAGCUUGUUCGUGGGAAUUGGCUGGGUGUAGUGUGACUCUUAACUCUUAACUCCCAUAUCAAGUCGUACGGUUAUCCGCAUGUGCGGCAAGGCUUGCUGUAAAAGAAACCAAUCUGUUGUGUUCAGGUUAUGUCGUAGAUGGUCUGUUCUGACUCAGUCUAACACUAGGGAUGCGCUAUUUUCGAUGUUGUGCCCCGGGUGUAGGUUAUUGCUUUGUGGGAUGUGCUGAUAUUAGUUUCGCGUGCGAAUGGGAAGAAUAAUGCUGUACUCUGUUCCUGUUGUCAAAAUAUCAAGACCUUUGUUGGCCACAGGGAUCACACGAGACAAUGUGUGGCCGUUGCCUUGAUAACUGGCGUCGUUCCAACUUGUUUUGUUUGCAGAAACUACCGGUAGUAAUGUUCGAGGGAGAGAACCAAUAAAGCGAGGGCCGGUUGGGGGGACGUUUUUGUACUGCUAGUUGUAGUGGGCCAGUCCCCGUUGAUGUCCGCCGUUCUUUUUUAAUUUGGAAGUGGGAAAUACAACAAACAACUGGGAUUCCACGAGAGCUGAAUGUACAAAGGGAAACAGAUGUGGUGCGGUAAAUACCAGGCGGUCUGUAUGCACCUCAAGCCGAAGCUGUGACUAUUCUCGAGAACAGCUGAUUCGCACUCGUUCCGGACACAAACUGCCCAAAAGGUCGAAAUAGUAGGGUUGGGUACUGAAGAACCAGUACGUACUGCCAGUGCAUAUGCACUGGCUGCGUCAGCAGCCAGUACUCCAGUACAUUCUUAUAUUCGCAGAUUUCCUCUGUAUUACGCCUCAAGAACCAGCGGAAACCCAUAUACUCAGACCUCCUCUGAGAGACACACCGCCACACGUCAAACACUAGCUACCAAACACGCCACAGAGGUCGGGAGACCAUACAACGAUGGACAGGUUUGUAGUCUCCCCUGCCAGCUCGCCGUCUGCUGCAGACCCCGGCAGUGGUGCUGAUGAUGCAGGAGCUGCUGCGUCAGCAGCAGCAGCAGCUGCGUCAGCCGUGCAGCAGCA